AAGGAGACAACCAUGAAUGAGCCACUAGACAAUUUUGCAAAUGCUUCUGAUUUCCCCGAUUAUGCAGCUGCUUUUGGAAAUUGCACUGAUGAAAAAAUCCCACUCAAGAGGCACUACCUCCCUGUUAUUUACAGCAUCAUCUUCCUGGUGGGCUUUCCAGGGAAUGCAGUGGCAAUUUCCACUUACAUUUGCAAAAUGCGGCCCUGGAAAAGCAGCACCGUCAUCAUGCUGAACCUAGCCUGCACAGACCUGCUGUAUCUAACCAGCCUCCCUUUCCUCAUUCACUACUACGCCAGUGGCGAAAACUGGAUCUUCGGGGAUUUCAUGUGCAAGUUCAUCCGCUUCGGUUUCCACUUCAACUUGUACAGCAGCAUCCUCUUCCUCACCUGCUUCAGCAUCUUCCGUUACUUCGUGAUCAAUCACCCAAUGAGCUGCUUUUGCAUUCACAAAACUCGAUGGGCCGUGGUGGCCUGUGCUGUGGUGUGGAUCACUUCCCUGGUGGCUGUCAUCCCCAUGACUUUCCUGAUCACAUCAACCACCAGGACCAAUACCUCUGCCUGCCUUGACCUCACCAGUUCAGAUGACCUCACUACUAUCAAAUGGUACAAUUUGAUUUUGACUGCAACUACUUUCUGCCUUCCCCUGGUGACAGUGACGCUUUGCUAUACUAUGAUUAUCUACACCCUAAAUCAAGGACCUCAGGCUCACGGCUGCCUAAAGCAGAAAGCUCGGAGGCUAACCAUUCUGCUGCUUAUUGUGUUUUAUAUCUGUUUCUUACCCUUCCAUAUCUUGAGGGUCCUUCGGAUUGAGUCGCGCCUGCUUUCCAUCAGCUGCUCCAUUGAGAAUCAGAUCCACGAAGCUUACAUCGUUUCUAGACCGUUAGCCGCCCUGAACACCUUUGGUAACCUGUUUCUGUACGUGGUGGUCAGCGACAACUUUCAGCAGGCCAUCUGCUCAAUGGUGAGAUGCAAAGCUAGUGGGGACCUGGAGCAAGCAAAGAAAACCAGCUACUCAAACAACCCUUGACAGUCUUCAUUUACUCAACCCAAGAGAAAAGCCUGCCGAUACUUCCCUGUGAUUUCUAAGACGUGCAGUGUAUCUCCUUCAAUGGAACUCAGUAAAUAUUGUGUAUUCAGGGAAUUCUGUGUCAGAACCGGGGCAGAACUGCCAGCACUUCUUUGCAACCCAUUUACAGAGAUCCUUCCUUGGGUACAUAAAAGAAUGGGAUGCAUGCA